AUGGCAUUGCAAAUGAUUCAUGGGAAUGCAGCAGAGGAGUACAAGAGAGUAUGGGAUUAUGUUGAAGCAAUCAGGAGGUACAAUCCAGGUAGCACUGCAGUUGUGAAGCUACAAAACAUAGACAACCCUCCACCAAUUUUCCAGAGGAUGUACAUUUGCUUGCAACCAUGUAAAGAGGGAUUCAUGGCUAGUUGCAGGCCCAUUUUAGGUGUGGAUGACUGUCAUCUAAAUGGACCUUGGCCUGGGAUUUUGCUUACUGCUAUUGCUAAACAUGGUAACAACAAUAUUUUCCCAGUUGCUUCGGCUGUUGUAGAAACAGAGAGCUCAGAAACCUGGACUUGGUUUCUUGAGUUGCUGGUCAAUGACAUACGCUCUGUUGCUGCAUCAGUGACUUGGGUGCAUGAGCAUGAAGAUCCAGUUACCUUCAUGAGUGACAGACAAAAGGGCCUGCUUGAUGCUUUCAACACAGUUAUCCCAAGUGCAAAAACAAGGUUUUGUUGCAGACAUAUUUGGGCAAACUUUAAGCUCGAAUUCCCAGGCCAGAUAUACAAAGAGAGCUUCCGGAAGGUUGCAAGGAGUUCUACUAAGCAUCAAUUUGACAAACCUAUGCAAGAGAUUAGGAAGUUGAGUGGGGAUGCUUUUCAAUAUCUUUCUGAGAUACCAGUUUGUCACUGGUCUAGACAUGGCUUUAGUCAUAGGGCAAAGUUAGGGAUGCUGCUAAACAACUGCUGUGAAAGUUUCAACAAUGUCCUUCGGGAAGCUAGGACAAAGCCAAUCUUGUCUUUAAUGGAGUGGAUCAGAAGAUAUGUCAUGAAGAGAAGUUGUGCUAAGAGAGAAGGCUUGAAAGAUUUUGAAGGUUUAAUCAUGCCAUCAGUUGUGAAGGUGAUUGAGAGAGGGCAGAAACAGAUUUGGAACAUGAGAAUAAUUCAAGCAGAUUUGCAUGAAUUUGAGGUGGAUGAUGAAUAA